AUGGUAAAACAACAAAAAUUAGAGAAGAGUAAAAGGGAUGAACUUGAUUCAUCCUAUGAUUUGUCCGAUACUUUUCUUACACAGUUAUUUGUUAGUGGCCCUAAAACAACACAGAUUAUGAAAAACGAUGCGAUAGACACAAAAAGCUUGUCAACAUCUAAUCUCAUUCACGAGCAAAAUAAUGAUCCCGAAAUAGCUAUUCUAAUUCAACAAGCUUUCGAUAAAAGAGAAAUUUCAGACCAGGCAAUGGGAUACUUUAUCAAAAACGAUAUUUUAAUGCGGAAAUGGCGACCACCUCAUGUUAGUGUUGAUGACGAAUGGUCAGUUCGAUACCAAAUUGUUAUCCCAAAACCUUACCGUGAGGAAGUCUUACGUUUAGCACACGAAACACCCCUUUCACGUCACUUGGGGAUAAACAAAACCUAUGAGAAAAUGAUACGACAUUUUUAUUGGCCAGGAGUUCGAAAAACCGUGGCAGAAUUCUGUAAAACAUGCCACACUUGUCAAGUAGUAGGCAAACCAAAUCAAGUUAUCCCAAAAGUACGGCUAAAACCAAUUCCAGCUUUUGAAGAACCAUUUAGCCGAAUUAUGAUUGAUUGCGUCGGACCAUUACCUAAAACUAAGCGAUGUAACCAAUAUUUAUUGACAAUUAUGUGUGUUUCGACACGUUUUCCUGAAGCAAUACCACUUCGAAAUAUCAAGGCUAAAACCAUUGUACAAACACUUACAAAGUUUUCACUUUAG